AUGCCUCGGUUUAAGCAGUAUCGGAAGAAGGUGGACUUAAAGAAUCCUAAGCUUCGGCUUGGGAUGCAAUUUGAAAACAGACAGGUUCUUAAAGAGGCACUGAAGGAAUAUUCCAUUAUUCAAGGAAGCAAGAUUAAGAGAAACACAUAUUGGAAUAUGAAAGCAUUUCAAGGAGAAGUUUUGUCGUCCUAUCAUGUGAGGGUGCCCAAAACUCAAGUGUAUAGAGCAAAGAGAUUGGCUAAAGCACAAAUUGAAGAAAACUACAUACAGCAGCCUGUUAUUGGGGUUGAUGCUUGCUAUUUGAAAGGUCCUUAUCCUGGGCAAAUAUUGACUACUACAGGAGUUAAUAGUAGUAAUGGUCUUUUCCUAAUUGCAUAUGUUGUGGCUAAUUGCAUAGCUACCAGAGCCACUACUAUUCCUUGUUGGGAAGCAGAAAUGGAGAAGAUGAAGGAAGAGGACUUUGAAGCUUGGAAAUGGAUGGCUAAUCAAAGGGUUGCUUGUAGAAAAUGGAAACACCCUGUUGGCCCGAGGAUAUUCAAAAUAAUUGAGAAGAACAAGAUGGGAGUCUCUCAAUGCAUUCCUAGAUUGGCUGGGGAGAAAAUGUAUCAAGGUGGCUUGCCUCCAAUUAGACCUUCAUUUCAUAGUGGACAACCAGGAAGACCCAAGAGAGUGAGGACAAAGGAGCCUGGUGAGGUUCAAGUACCGGCCCUAAACCCACCAAACCCUUUGCCUCUAGGUUACACUGCUCCACCAGUAAAACUUAGAAGACUCUUUAUUAAAUUAGAUGUGGAGCAUGUGGAAAAGAAUGCCACAAUCGAAGAGGAUUUGUGCUUGUAUGUUGUCCAAGCUGAGGCUGCCCAAAAUGGAAAUGCAUGCCAAAAUCGAAUUGAAGCAGUUGACAAUGGAAAUGCAGGCCAAAAUUAUAUUGCCCCACCCCAAACUAAUGCUACCCCUGCCCAAACUAAUACUGCCCUAGCCCAAACUAAUGUUACCCCAACUCAAACUUACAUUGCCUCAGCCCAAAUUCAAGUUAAUAGGGCCAGAGAAACAGGUAAGGGAAGAGGAAGAGGAAAAGGCGCAUGGAAUCAAGCGGCAAGGGUGUCAUCUUUACAACCAAUGGUAAGUGGCAUCAAUCAAGGAAGGGCCAAUCUGCCAAUGACAUACUCACAACAAGUGCCCUUGCAACCACCAUCCUCUUCAUUUACUCAAGAAACCACACCCUGUAGAGGAAUAUUCAAACACAGUGUCAAAAUAUGA